AUGCGGAAUCCCGGUAUCCAGCCCCACCUCUUAGACGAACAAGCUUGGAACCCCUUUAUGCUCGAAUGGGAGGAGCCGAACGACCCCUCCCUCCCCUCAGACGAUGACCUAUCAAAUCAGGCCCUAGACGAGUGCAUCCGAUCGCAGCAAUUCGCCCAUACCGCUGUCAUAAGGGCAAACCACGAUUCGGCCAUCUACUCCCCUCCUUGUUCCCUCACUGUCACCUCAUCACCCCCCAUUGGCCCGCGUGCUCAAGGUAUCCCAAGUCAGGACCCCUACGAGCAAGAAUUGUAA